ACGUAUAAUACGGUACCCCCUGUAUACUGUGAUGUAACGGAUAUCCGCAUCCGCAUCAGCAGCUGCGGCGCAUAAUCCGCAUCGUUUUGAGGAUCCGCAUCAGUAUAUAUUUUAACGGUGCUCCGGUCAGGUCAACGUUCGGCAUUAAUAAUUAAUUUUUUUAAAUAGUUUGAGACAUAUAAUUUAAUUAUAACUUUUAAAUAGUAGUGACAGUUUUCGAUAUUUAGAUUUUUUACAUUUUCAAAACUAGAUGUUGUAACAUGCACGAACACGUGAGAUAAGCGCGAUGUCGCUCCGUUCUACUAAAGUUCUUAAUUCUUAAAGCCAAUCAGUUGUUGAACGGACGGCAACUUGUAUGCUUCGUUUUAUGCAUGUUCGUGAUUCGUUUUGUUGUUUGUCGAAAUAAAAUUAAUUAAAAUGAAACCAAAAACAAGCUUCAUUUGGGAAUAUUUCUCGGAAAUUAACAGUUCGGUGGCUCGUUGUAACAUUUGCGAAAAGGAAUAUUCACGAAAAGGGCGUACCACAUCUUCAUUAAAAAAUCAUUUGAAGUCGAAGCACGCGAAAAUAUUUGAAGAGUUAGAAAAACGUAUAGCUGAAAAUGCAGAACAAGGCCCGCCAACCUGUAGCACAUCUACAGAUACAGGUUCAAUUACAAAACAACUUUCUUUGCAAGAAUAUUUAACGCAGAAUGUAUGUUGGGAUUUACCACAUCCAAACUCCAAAGAUACGGAUCGACUAAUAGGCGAAAUGAUUGCUUUGGAAGACUUGCCAUUCAACUUCGUUGAAGGAGUUGGUUUUCGGCGAUUGAUCAAUACUAUACUUCCAGGAUAUAAAUUAAGGGGCCGUCAGUUUUUUACGUCGCUUGUAUGUGACGAUUUAUAUAACAGCGUGGCAAAUAAAAUUAAAGCAUUAUUAAACGAUCUUAAGAAAAUAUCCUUUACAACUGAUGUUUGGUCAGAUACAAGUUCUGGGACUUCAUUGGUUAGUGUGACUGCUCAUGGUGUAAACGAAGGUUGUGAAAGAGUAAGAAUUAUUUUGAAAUGUGAAGUAAUGGAAGGACGUCACCCGGAUCAAGCUAUUUCGACAAAAACUGAAUCCAUCCUUGAAGAAUGGGGUAUAAAACACGAUAGUGUUCACUGUGUGGUACGCGGUCGUGGUAGGAACAUGAUUAAAGCAAUGCAGAUAUCUGGUUUAAAUGAUUUUAAUUGUGUGAUUCAUCAAAUACAGUGUUGUAUUAAAAAUGUGAUUUUAUCGGAAGAAUGGAUUCAAGAAGUAAUUGAAAAGGUGAAAAAAGUUUCAACACAUUUUAAUCAUUCCCUAGUAGCACAAGAUGAACUACAAACUAUACAAGAAAUAAGAAUGAAUCAAUCUCCAUUGUCAACAAUACAAGAUUGUCCCACUAGGUGGAACAGCACAUUUUACAUGUUGGAGCGUUUUGUUAAAAUAAAGGAUUCUUUACUUUUAUACUUAACUACAAAGCAAUUUGUAUCAUUUUCUCCUGAUGAUUUGUCAACAAUUGAAUUGUUGUUAAAAUUGUUGACACCGUUCGAAGAACUUACUAAAGAAUUGAGUAACUCAAAGAACAGCAUUUCUAUGGUUAUACCACUUAUGCACGUUAUCCUGGCAACAUUAAAAGCUGAGAAAGAUAACCAGAAUACGCCAGAAAAACCAAAUGUAUGUUGGGAUUUAUCAUAUCCAAAAUCUAAGGAGACGGAUCGACUAAUAGGCGAAAUGAUUGCUUUGGAAGACUUACCAUUCAACUUCGUUGAAGGUGUUGGUUUUCGGCGAUUGAUCAAUACAAUACUUCCACGAUAUAAAUUGAGGGGCCGUCAGUUUUUUACGUCGCUUGUAUGUGACGAUUUAUAUAACAGCGUGGCAAAUAAAAUUAAAGUAUUAUUAAAAGAUCUUGAGAAAAUAUCCUUUACAACUGAUGUUUGGUCUGAUACAAGUUCUGGGACUUCAUUAGUUAGUUUGACUGCUCAUGGUGUAAACGAAGGUUUUGAAAGAGUAAGAAUUAUUUUGAAAUGUGAAAUAAUGGAAGGACGUCACACGGGUCAAGUUAUUUCGACAAAAAUUGAAUCCAUCCUUGAAGAAUGGGGUAUAAAACACGAUGCUGUUCACUGUGUGGUACGCGAUCGUGGCAGCAACAUGAUUAAAGCAAUGCAGAUAUCUGGUUUCACUGAUUUUAAUUGUGUGAUUUAUCAAAUACAGUGUUGUAUUAAAAAUGUGAUAUUAUCGGAAGAAUGGGUUCAAGAAAUAAUUGAAAAGGUGAAAAAAGUUUCAACACAUUUUAAUCAUUCCCUAGUAGCACAAGAUGAACUAAAGGCUAUACAGGAAAUAAGAAUGAAGCAAUUUCCAUUGUCAACAAUUCAAGAUUGUUCCACUAGGUGGAACAGCACAUUUUACAUGUUGGAGCGUUUUGUUAAAAUAAAGGAUUCUUUACUUUUAUACUUAACUACAAAGCAAUUUGUAUCAUUUUCUCCAGAUGAUUUGUCAACAAUUGAAUUGUUGUUAAAAUUGUUGACACCGUUCGAAGAACUUACUAAAGAAUUGAGUAACUCAAAGAACAGCAUUUCUAUGGUUAUACCACUUAUGCACGUUAUCCUGGCAACAUUAAAAGCUGAGAAAGAUAACCCGAAUACCCCAGAAAAAAUCAAAGCACUUUUCGUUAAAGUUAUACGAGAAAUAAGUGAAAGAUUUGGUGAUUUAAACCAAAAUUUGCUAUGUUCGGUUUCUACGUACUUAGAUCCGCGAUAUAAAACAAAGUUUUUUAACAGUUUUGAAAUAAAGGAAGUCGAAGCCACAAUAGUUAAUUUGUGUCAAAAUCAAACGAUUCAUGAAAAUAAAGAUUGUAGUCAGACACAUAAGAAAAGAAAAAUUGAUACUAAUUCUAGUAGUUGUUCAAAGCUACUACAGUCAGUACAAUCCAUUCUAAGUUCAAGCGAAAGUGAGGCAGAAGAUGACCAGUUAACAACACCGAAAAUUGUGCUCCAAAAUUACAUUAAAGAAAGACGGCUGUCUUUAGGAGAAGACCCGUUGAUGUGGUGGCGACAGAAUGGGUACAAAUAUACUGUUUUAUUGCCAAUUGUUCGCCAAUAUUUAUCAACGCCAUCAAGCAGCUUUACCAAUGAACAGCUAUUUAGUGGAUCAUCUUUAAUAUAUAGGGAUAAAAGAAAAAAUCUUCGAGGAGAAAAAGCGUCAAAAUUGCUUUUUUUAAAAUAUAACUUGCCU